AAAAAUCUAACAAAUUGCUAGUAUAUGUUUUAUUUAUAAUUAAUAGAUCAUGGUGAGGACACUGAGCGAGAAUGGUUUGCAAUUCCUAAAAGACGCCGAGGGUUUUAUUGAUCAUUAUUACGAAGAUCAAAUUGAUCAAGAGACAAUUGGCUACGGACACUGUGCAACGUGGCGUGGUCGUAUCCGUUUUGAGCCGCCCAUCACUCACCAGCAGGGUGAAAUUAUAUUGAAAGAGGACCUGGUUGUUUUUGAACAGUGUGUCAACCGGGUAGCGCCCAAUUUGAACCAAUUUCAGUUUGAUGCCUGCGUAAACUUUGCGUUUAACAUGAGUUGCAGGACAUUCAGUAACUCAGAUAUACUGCGGCACAUAAGACAUGGUAAUAUGAGGGCAGCGGUCGACGCUUUCCCGCAAUACAACUCAAUGGACGGCCAAUACAUGGAAGGGCUGGCCGUCCGGCGUAUGGGCGAGAAAGCCAUGUUUGUCCGGCGCUGA